AUGUCAAACAUAUCAGAUCGCAUCCUUCGGGUUGGCAUCAUCGGCUGCGGAGAGAUCACGCAAGUCGCCCAUAUUCCCAAUAUCAACUUCCUAUCCGAAAAGUUCCUAACAACCUACCUCUGCGAUAUCUCCAAACAAGCUCUAGCCCACUGCACCACCAAAGUCCAGGGCGGGAAUCCCAAAACAACCACCAACCCUGAAGAACUCUGCUCCUCACCAGAUGUCGACGUGGUAUUGGUCGCCAACGCAGACGCAUACCACGUUGAGCAUGGUAUACUAGCUCUCAAUAAUGACAAGUACUGUCUUAUUGAGAAGCCAGCGGCCACUUGUUUCCGAGAUAUAGACAGACUUAUUGAGGCGGAGAAGGUUUCAAAAGGCAAAGUAUUUGUUGGAACAAUGCGACGUUACGCUACUGCUUUUAUCGAUGUUGUGGAAGAAGUUGGGGGUAUGGAGAAGAUUCAAUAUGCGAGAGUGAGGGACAUCAUCGGGCCCAACUCCACCUUUGUCGAGCAGAACGGCACGUUCCCUCAGAAGUUUAAUGACUUCACUGAGGAAGAUGGUGUGGAUAGAAGCCGUCGGGAAGCUGAUAUCUUUGAACAAGCUCUUGUCAAAGAGUUUGGGGUACCCAGCACACCGCAAUCGCAAAGAAUGCUAAGAGUUCUGGGAGCCCUUGGGACCCACGAUCUUUCAGCCAUGCGCGAGAUUCUCGGCAUGCCCAAAUUCAUUGCCGGCGCUGUCCUAACCCUCCCCGGUAUCUUCAGCGUACUAUUUCAAUACGAUGAUUUCCCCGUCACAUAUGAAUCAGGUCUCAGUGGUGUUCCUCAGUUUGAUGCGCACAUCGAAGUCUACUCCGCCAACAAGAUCGUGAGAGUCAAUUUUGACUCUCCUUACGUCAAGGGGCUGCCAGUCAUUAUGACGAUCCGAGAGAAGAUUGGCGAGGGUGGCUUUCAAGAGAGGAUCAUCAGGAAGACAUAUGAGGAUCCGUAUACACUGGAGAUGCUGGAUCUCUAUGAUUGUGUUGUUGGAGGGAAAGUGCCCAAGACAAGUGCGGUGGAUGCUAGGAAGGAUGUUGAGCUGUUUGAGAUGAUCUUGAAGGCUGGUGCUGAUAGGUUUAAAUCUUAG